GACCCUUAUAUAACCCUCUCAAAAACGUUUCCUCCACACCACCAACCCUAACUUCGUCUCUGCAAUUUCACACACACACACACACUCACUCUCCAUCUGCAUUUUCUUCUCUGUUUUUACAGCUCCGAAAAUGCGUGAGAUCCUGCACAUUCAAGCUGGCCAGUGCGGCAACCAGAUCGGAGCAAAAUUCUGGGAGGUGGUGUGCGCGGAGCACGGCAUAGAUUCCACCGGACGCUACAGCGGAGACACCGAUCUGCAAUUGGAGCGCGUCAACGUCUACUACAAUGAAGCCAGCUGCGGGAGGUUUGUUCCUCGGGCCGUGCUUAUGGAUUUGGAGCCCGGUACCAUGGACAGCGUUAGAUCUGGGCCGUACGGUCAGAUUUUCCGGCCGGAUAACUUCGUCUUCGGGCAGUCCGGCGCUGGAAAUAAUUGGGCGAAGGGGCAUUAUACUGAAGGAGCGGAGUUGAUUGAUUCGGUUAUGGAUGUUGUCAGGAAAGAGGCGGAGAAUUGUGAUUGCUUGCAGGGAUUUCAAGUUUGCCAUUCAUUGGGAGGUGGAACUGGAUCCGGAAUGGGGACUCUCCUUAUUUCUAAGAUCAGAGAAGAGUACCCAGAUCGUAUGAUGCUUACAUUCUCCGUCUUUCCGUCACCCAAAGUGUCGGACACUGUCGUUGAGCCGUACAAUGCUACACUCUCUGUUCACCAGCUUGUCGAGAAUGCUGAUGAGUGCAUGGUGUUGGAUAAUGAAGCUCUUUAUGACAUCUGCUUCCGAACACUUAAACUCACCACCCCUAGCUUUGGAGAUCUCAACCAUCUGAUCUCCGCCACCAUGAGCGGUGUGACAUGCUGCCUCCGCUUCCCCGGUCAACUAAACUCUGAUCUCCGCAAGCUGGCGGUCAACCUAAUCCCAUUCCCCCGUCUCCACUUCUUCAUGGUCGGAUUCGCCCCUCUCACCUCACGUGGGUCCCAGCAAUACCGAGCCCUCACAGUACCCGAACUCACGCAGCAAAUGUGGGAUUCCAAGAACAUGAUGUGUGCCGCCGACCCCCGCCACGGCCGCUACCUGACCGCCUCAGCCAUGUUCCGAGGCAAGAUGAGCACAAAGGAAGUGGACGAACAAAUGAUCAAUGUCCAGAACAAGAACUCCUCUUACUUCGUCGAAUGGAUUCCGAACAACGUUAAAUCCACUGUGUGCGACAUUCCGCCGACCGGUCUGAAAAUGGCGUCCACUUUCAUCGGAAACUCCACCUCAAUUCAGGAGAUGUUUAGGAGGGUGAGCGAACAGUUUACGGCUAUGUUUAGGAGAAAGGCUUUCUUGCAUUGGUACACUGGAGAAGGUAUGGAUGAGAUGGAGUUUACGGAGGCGGAGAGUAAUAUGAACGAUUUGGUUUCCGAGUAUCAGCAGUACCAAGAUGCUACUGCAGAGGAGGAUGGUUAUGACUAUGAAGAUGAAGAGGAACUUCAGGAUGAAGCUUAAAUAUCGGUCGCUCUAUAUUAUGUGUGUAUUUUUUUUCGGGUGUUUUUGUUUUUGCGUUCGAGACUUUUUCUUAUGUUUUCAAUUAUGUAGUUUUGGUGAUUGGGUUACUUACUAGUUACUACUCGCUACUCACUAAUCACUACUAUUAUUGCCUCCUCGGCAUUUCUAAUGUUUCUGAUAUUUUGUAAUCUGGUAGUCGUUUGUUGAAUAUUGUUCUAUUAGGUGAUUUACGAUCUGUUAAAGUUCGGAGCGCAUGAAAUUCGCAGAAUUUGGUGUGAAAUGGUUGGUAGAUUGUUGGUUUGGAUUUUGCUUGAAUGGAUUCGUGUUGAUUUGGUCUA